AUAUAUAGGACUGCCUCAAGCAAUUCAACGUUAGUUGUAAAUUGCGUCUUCAGAAGAUAACUUCGAAACAGUCCAGUGUAAAAUGCGAUACAUUGUAUGUAAAUUUAGUGAAAGAAAGUCAGUGACGUGCUUGAGAUUAAUGCAAUAAGUCAUUAGUCUACUACGAUGCCAAUCAGAUAAAGAAGAAUGAUUGAAAGAGUAGUGGUGAUCGUUGUGGCCUCAGUUCUCUUGUGUGUGCAGUGUCGACCUACCGGAGAUGCCCGAAUUGUGAAAUAUACGAAUGAAUUAACGGACAAAGGAUAUAAUUUUGAGUAUGAAACUAGUGAUGGAAUUAAGCGCCAAGAAACUGGAUCAUACCAACCUAUCAACAAAGAAGACGGCAUACUAAAAGUAAAUGGACAGUUUGAAUACCCAUCACCAGACGGAUACAAGGUGUCUGUAGUUUUCGUCUCAGAUGAAAAAGGUUAUCGUCCCAAAGUUUCAUUUUCCAGCGGCCCUCCUUUGCUAGGUGGAAUACCUGAAGGUGCUUUCAUAGUAUUCGACAACAGAAUCAACCCUGGAGAAAAGUCAAUAUCCUCUUCAGCUAUCGCGUCUUUGGCCGGUGGAGGGUUGGGGAAAUAAUUUUAAUUUAUCAUGUCGAUAAUAUCUAGAAGUAUGUUUUAUAAUAAAAUGACUUUUACUUUAUUAAGUAAAUAAUAGCUUAAUAAAAAUUUACCUUAAUUUAAUUAAA